AUGAUGCGCUCAAAGCCCUCGUCUUCCAUGCAGAAGACGUACGACGAGUGCUAUUUGAUGUGUUCUACUGCCGUCUACUUUGAGGGACAGAACAACGAAUCUGAAGCCCUACGAUCAUGGCGCUCCGCUCUCGACACUAUAUACUACCACAACGCCUACCGCGUGCCCCCAAACUACGUGCCCAAAUCCGAGACGGAAAAAGCUCUCCAAGACUCCCUUCGACAGCUCGAAUUACAAUGCAAGGAACGAGUCGACCUGUUGGAAGCGUUGCAAGAGAGUAGGAAAGAAGCAGCCGCUGAGAACGAAAGUACUGAUGAGAAGGAUUCUUCUGGAAAUAGGCCAAUGGGUCCGAGACCGCCGAAGUUGGGAAAGGGAAAGAAGCCGUUGAUGAGUACGAAUGCGAGCAGUAAUAGUCCGCAGGGUUUUAUUGGGAACGGGACUAUACCUGCUGUUGAUUAUAUGGAUUUGUCAAAACCUCCGCCUCUACCGGUGAGACCAUCGUCUGCAGCGGUAUCAGUAUCGUUGACGCCUGCCCCGUCUCUGGAAUUGAAAGAACCAGCUCCUUCGUCUUCGUCUCCUCACAGACUUUCGCCAUCACCUGUUCCAGCUGCGGUAUCUUCGCCGGGUACACCACUUACGAAGGAAUCGUCUCGCGGCUCGAGUCCGGAAAGAAGAAAGAUUAUGCUUACGACGCUACGGCAGAAGAAAGAUCCUAAAAAGUCGAAAUACAAAUCGUCGUCUUCGAGCCGUAGUGCGACUAGGCCGGCAGCAUCGAAAGCUGCAGGGCUCGCUUGGGGGACCACCAGAAAACCAGUGCCUCUUGCGGCAGAGUCUAGUGAUUCUGAUCUGCGGAAGGAGACAGAGUCGAGACAAAGAUUGUCCAGUGAAGAUGUGUCAAGGAGAAAUGGACAACAAAAGGUUGCCAGCAGUCCGUUUUCAUCAGAUUAUCUUCCGAGCUCGACCUGGAGAGAACCUGCGUAUCCCGAUCAAGCGCCGUCACCAGGUCUUACUUCUCCGCAGAUUGAUUCUGCUGCUGCCGCGGCUUCAAAGUCACUUACGGCGGAUGCAUCGAACAAACCGCCGCCAACGGCACCUAAACCGUCUAUCAAGUCGUUGCCACCGCCCAGAUAUCCCGCUUAUCGAAAAGAAUAUCUUUCCCAUCCAGCCACUGCUCCCAGUGAAAGAAAUGUUAGAACGCCACCACUCAACCGAUCUACUUCCGCAACGCAAAAUUCUACAGUAUCACCGUCUACAGGCGAGACAUCAGAGCAACCAGCACGAAGAACGUUCCCUAAAUCACAAUCUACCCCACGAGCAUUGAGUUCUACCGGAGCAAAUCGAGCAUCCGUCUCAUCAAUCAGUGGAGACGAACCAGCUCGCCCACCGCCGCGAAGGUCAGAUGCAAGUUUUGACGGUGCCGCUGCUUCUGCUGGACGGAAGCCAAAGCCUCCUGCACCAAGACGAAAGCCUAGAAUUACGCCGCCAUCGAGUGACCAGGACUCUGCCAGGGAGGACAGUUCUUCUGAACGAGAGGAAGAUCCUAAAUUACGAGACAUUAUGAAGAAAUUGCCUAGAGGAAUUGAUGUGAAUGCCGCUCGGCAGAUUCUGAAUGAUAUAGUCGUCAGAGGCGACGAGGUACAUUGGGAUGACGUUGCGGGUUUAGAAGCAGCUAAAAAGGCGCUCAAAGAAGCUGUGGUGUAUCCCUUUCUACGACCAGACUUGUUCAUGGGAUUACGGGAACCUGCGCGAGGCAUGCUAUUGUUUGGACCACCAGGUACAGGAAAGACGAUGCUUGCGCGGGCCGUAGCGACAGAGUCCAAAUCAACAUUUUUCUCCGUCUCUGCGUCUACACUCACCUCGAAAUGGCACGGAGAAAGCGAGAAGCUUGUUAGAGCUUUGUUCGGCCUUGCCAAAGCAUUAGCGCCGUCGAUUAUUUUCGUUGACGAGAUUGAUUCUUUGCUCUCGACACGGUCAUCUGGAACGGAACAUGAAGCAUCCCGUCGAUCCAAGACAGAAUUUUUGAUUCAAUGGUCCGAUCUACAACGCGCCGCUGCAGGACGAAACCAGUCAACCGAUAAAAGUCACGAUGGAGGCGGCGAUCCAAGUCGAGUGCUUGUACUGGCUGCAACAAAUCUGCCUUGGGACAUUGACGAAGCCGCUCGACGCCGAUUUGUGCGUCGACAGUACAUCCCAUUACCAGAAGAUCAUGUCCGCGAACAACAAAUCCGCCGCCUGCUCAGCCAUCAGACCCAUGAAAUGUCGAAUGAGGAUAUAGAAGUUCUCGUCAAAGUUACCGAAGGCUUCUCAGGCUCGGAUAUAACCGCCCUCGCCAAAGACGCCGCCAUGGGCCCGCUGCGCAAUUUAGGCGAGGCAUUGCUACACACACCCAUGGAUCAAAUUCGACCGAUCAGAUUUGAGGAUUUCGAGGCGAGUCUGUAUACUAUCCGGCCCAGUGUGGGCAAGGAUGGAUUGAAGAGAUAUGAGGAUUGGGCGAGGGAGUAUGGGGAGAGAGGGGGGUAG